AUGAAGGACGAGCGUGCCAGUCUCCCCCGCGUGCGCAUAGCCGUCAUUGGCAGCUCUCGAGUUGGCAAGUCUGCUCUCAUCGUUCGAUACUUAACAAGAAGAUAUAUCGGCGAGUAUCAUUCUAAUACAGAUUUGUUGUACAGACAGACAGUACCAAUAAACGGCACUCCAGUUGAACUCGAAGUCAUAGAUGUGUCCGGUUCCAAUUCUGACAAAUUCCCCGCUGAACAGAUCCAAUGGGCAGAUGCUUGUCUGUUAGUGUACGCAGUGACAGAUCGUAGUAGCUUCGAAUAUGCAACAGAAGUGUUGAGCGCUCUGAAACGUGCGCCGACUAGUGGUAGCCCGGCACAUGGGCCUGCAGGUGCGGCCGCGCCCAUGCCGCUCGCUCUGCUCGGGAACAAAACAGACCUCGAUCACCUGCGACAGGUCACUACAAAGGAGGGUCAGGCAAUAAGCGCUGCACAUGGUGCUUCGUUCAGCGAAGCAAGUGUAGCGGAUAACUCCGGUGAUCUCUACCGUGCUGUUGACCGUCUUCUCUCCGAAGUGCGUACUCCUCAGCGUACGCGCAAGUUCUCCGUCACCAAGAUGCUUGGAUCAUUAAUAGGUGGUGCAACCAACAACAGCCAAGCAAACCGCAGUGGGUCAGUAGUAGCCUGCCCCCGCGUGCCUGCGCCGACGCGACCCGCGCUUGCCGCAGCAGCCCCCUGA